AUGCAUUCGACCAACGAUUUGAAGAACAGGGUGGCUAGCUACCCCCUUCAGCGAGACUUCCAGGCAUCUAUUCGUCUCUACUUUCAACAUUGGAUGUGGAGACGGCAGUUGGGAUAUCUGUUACACCCAAAGAUUAGCGUUCAAGAGAACUUCAGAGUCGCAGACUUGGCUUGCGGCACAGGGCUCACAUUGCAACAAAGAAUUUGGCUCUUAGAUCUGGCAAAGGAGUAUCCGGGCGUACAGUGCGAUGGGUAUGACAUAUCGACCGAUCAAUAUCCCGCAGCUGGCUGGCUGCCUCCAAAUGUCAAACUCGACACCCUCGAUAUUCACAAGCCCAUUCCCGAUGCCUUGCGUGGUCAAUAUGAUAUAGUCCAUGUCGGUCUGUUGGUUCUUGUAAUUGAAAAUGAUGAUCCGACACCCAUUGUGGAAAAUCUGAUGGCCCUAUUGAAGCCCGGUGGAUAUCUACAAUGGGAUGAGUCUGACUUCGGUGGACUAGUGACCAGUUCCCCAAGUAAGGACAUCAGUCACGCGGCCCUCGAAGAGGUAAAGCAACGAACACUUGGAAUUCUUCUUUCGGCUAAAGGUUUGAAAUUUGAAUGGGUGCGUGACCUACAGCACUAUUUUCAAGAAGGCGGUUUCCAGGUGAUUGACAACAAAUUUAUGCCAAUCUCUGACGACAUUGCGUUGCCAUGGACGCUACAGCAUUUGAUGGCAUUUGUGGAAUUUGUUAGACGCCUCGAUGAUCCAGUAGGGAGUGCAGCAGAGUGGUGGGAGGUAUAUGAGAAGGCUGCCGAUGAAACGAUACGAGGAGCCAGCAUGCGUAUGGCUAUGGCAAGUAUCGUGGGGAGGAAACCGAUCGCAUAG